AUGCUGCGCUACUCCCCCGUCUUACACCUGGAUACUCUCUCCUUGCCACCACUGACCAAUGCUCUUCCCCGCCCAAAGUGCGAGUACCUCAGCGCUGUCGAUAGCUGCACGCACUGCCGCGAUGCCCACGUGCAGUGCACUUUCGACCUGCCCCUGGCGCGACGCGGCCCCAAAGCGAGGAAGAAGAGCGACCAGCCCGGCCAGCCGCCUCCUGAUCCGAGCUCGCUCUCCACCGCGGCUCGACCCGGCCAGAUGCCGCCGCCGCUGACCUUCUCCGGCCCCGCAGUAGCCGCGCUGCAGCCCUUCGCCUCGUCGUCGCUGUCGCCCGACGCGGCCUGGGAGCCCGUCGAGCCGCUCAGCAUUGACAACGGCCUGCCCCGGCAGCCGCUGGGCGACCUGCCCGGCCUCUCCACCAUCCAGAACAUCUCGACGCGCCAGCGAUGGAUACACCUGGCCAACGCCAUGACGCUGCGCAACACGACGCUAGAGCGCGUCUCGAAGCGAUGUAUCGACCUCUUCUUCGACUACCUCUACCCCCUCACCCCCCUGGUGUACGAGCCGGCCCUCCGGGACGUGCUCGCAUACAUCUUCUCCCAGCCCUUGCCUGGCGUCAACCAACCAUCGCCGCUGUCACAGCUCACGCCAGACCCGACCACCGGCACCACCCCCCUCAACGCUGCCGAGUCGUGGGCCGGCUUUGGCCAGCCCAGCGGCUCGCGAACCGUCGGCAGCAGGCUGGCUCCCUGGGCCGACUCGACCUUCACCCUGGUCACGGCCGUCUGCGCAGAGGCAGCAUUCAUGCUACCCAAGGACAUUUUCCCCGAAGGAGAAUCCGUCUCUGAGAUCUUGCUCGAAGCCUCUCGGGACUGCCUGCACCAGCACCUCGAGGCCGACCUGGAGAAUCCGACGGCCAACUCGAUUGCCAUUCGCUACUUCCACUCCAACUGCCUCCACGCUGCGGGGAAGCCCAAGUACUCGUGGCACAUAUUUGGCGAGGCCAUCCGCCUGGCGCAGGUCAUGCAGCUGCACGAGGAGGCUGCCCUCGAGGGGCUCGUCCCCAUCGAGGCAGAGUUCCGCCGUCGCUGCUUUUGGAUCCUGUACUUGGGCGACAAGUCAGCCGCUAUACUCAACAAUCGGCCCAUCACCAUCCACAAGUACUGCUUCGACGCCGGCAUCACCACGCUAUACCCGUCGGGUAUCGAGGACGAGUUCCUGAGCACGGCGUCCGAGCCGCCCCGGAAGAGCUUCAUAUCCGGCUUCAACGCAAAUGUGCGGCUCUGGCAGUCCGCGGCUGAUUUGCUGCUGGAAAUCCGCGUGCUGCAAGAUCAGAUGAUGCAGCACUUUCGAGGGACCAUGCCCCCGAACCAUGUGCUGCCCUCCGCCGACAGGCAGCAUCUCGAUUCUCUCUAUGUCCGCUUCAUCACCUGCUUGGACGAUCUCCCGCCGUACCUCCAGUCGUGCACUCUGGCGAUGGCAGCGAUGGCAGAAGGCAACGGGUCUGCCGAGUCCAAGCAGUACGUGAUACAGUGCAUCAACCUGCAGGUGACGUUUCACUGUCUGCGCAUGGUAAUUACGCAGAAAUUCGAAGACCUCUCUUAUUUUGCUCCUGGCGUUGAGCAGGCUGAUCUCAGAAAGUCGGAGAUUGUGCGAGACAUGCUGAGGGUGAUGAACGAGGCGCCCUUUUGGGGCCUGCAGGCCAAUGGCGAGCCAAACGUGAGUCGUUUCCUUCCUCGGCACUUGUUGCUAAUCUGUCCUGAUUAUGUUGUCUGGAUGCUGCAGGUUGAAAAGAUUCGCCUUAUCGGAGCUAGUUUGCUGGCCAUCAUCCAUCGCAACCAGGAUUCACCCUUGGCUACGCGAGCCAGGAGCGACUUUUCCGUGCUUUUGGAUAUUCUCACGCGGCUGGACUCGAAGGCGUCGGACCAACUGAGGAAUACGUCCACUACCGUUGUUGGCUAA